AUGUCCGCCAGCUACAACAACCUCCGUGUUCUCGCCCAGCAUCAAGCGGCUUCGAGUCCAGUCACCCCUUUGUUUCCAAGUCCUAUCGCGAGAGAAUCUGCUCGCGAAUGCGAACCAUACUUCAAAUUUCACAAUCCUCGCCAGCGACCUCAAACCUCGAGCUCGGAGGACAGCUAUGUAGAUAGUUUCAACAUUCUGUCGUACUAUUGCGACGAUCCCACUGAUAAUCUCUGGCAGCCGGAAGACAGAUCUUCACGGGACCAUUCUUCCUGUAGGGAAGCACUCGAGGACGACAACCAGAGCACGGCGUCAGAGUCUAUGCCGGCAACUCCGCUUGAGCAGGAAUAUCAGCCUACCUUCUGCACGGACGAAUCUGACUGGCUUGCCAACACUACCUCGUACGACGAGAGGAUGCGUCGAUUCAAAUCCCGAUACUAUCAAGUUGUCCAGCAACCGUGGAAAGAAACUCACUCGGAGUGCGACGAGAACAAAGGAGUGAGUUACCCACAGAAUAUGAUCGCUACUGUCCUGGUAGGGCCUGGCAAACCAAAGCUGGUCCAUAUUCACCGUCCGCCCUCGAAUUCUGGGACGAAGCCGUCUGUGGAAAGUCUCCAUAUUCCCUCGACCCCGAAGCAAAUACCUGUGGAGGUGUCUGCCUUCAGUCCGUACGAUACACCUUCCGAACUUCCUCUUCACGUUCCCUCCACUAUCUCCGGUGCAAUGUACCAUGCCACUCGACAUCCAACAUCUAGUUUCCUUCCACAACCCCUCGCUCUCCCGAGCCGCAGCCGGUCCAGCCGAUCUGACAAUGUUUUCAGUACCUGGCAGCGGUUUCAUGAUCUCGCGGAUCCGUGCGAGACAUCACCGCGGAGAACCCGAAGCGAUCGAUCCUUUCGCGCAACUGAAAAGAGGUGGGCGAUCAGAGGGACAGCAGACAUCGACAUGCACGCUCUUCGCGAACCGUCGCCCACAACCAGAAGUGCAACGUGGUCGCGCUGCAGGAAACUGGAGAGAACGCUGAACGCAGUCACCAGAGCCAUUGAUCAAUUUCCGCACGACAUGCUUCAGCUGGAUUCACCUGCUGUCCUUGCGCUAAGAAAUCCUCAGAUUUCGGACCAGACUUACAUCGAGGUCCUGCAGCGGAUAUUCCCUGCCGCAGCGGCGGUCCUCAUGUCGGCCCUCACCGCCUGGAUCAUCGUCGACUUGUACUUCUCUCGCCUGAAAGCUCAGCCUGUACCGAUGCAGCGAUAUUUGGCCCAAGCAGCUGCGUCACGGGAAAGUCUCCAUCGCAUUCCGAACAAAGCGAGGGAGAUGUUGGGCAUUGGUCUUCCCGAUGCAGCUUCGAUACACCUAAAUGAGUAUGCCCUGAGAAGGAGGGCAUUGGCAAUCCAAGUGAGUGUCGGGGUCGUUGGACAGACUCUGGUGGAGGCGCUUCGAGGCUCGUGGGAUGAAGAUAUCUGGCGAUCCCUGAGGGUUUUGGUGGAGGUGAUAGAAUGCAGUCCGCAGCCGUGGGCGUGA